AUGGUCUACGUCGACGGCAAGCUUGUCAUGAACCACACCAGCCCUCCACGCCCCGAUCGCUCGACGUCAAGUCCGUGGGAGCACCCCAUCCCUGUGCCCUAUCUCGAUCCUCAAACCGAUGGAUUAGGAGCGGAAAGUUUUGGCAGCGCAUUUCUGGAGGUGACUCGGUCGCAAGGCCUAAUUUCGUAUCUCAACGCUUUCAGCAUCCUGGUCCCGCCUUACGGGAAGGUUCCACUUGAAGCUUUCGGUGAUCCGGAACAGAGCUGGAAGAUUCUCGAGGCCCUGAACUACAAUCGCGCUCUUCUCAGUGCCCAGAUUCUCAACAUCGAGAAUCGAAUCGCUGUAGAGGAUAUGCCAUCUGAUGGACUCGAGCCACUGAGUGCAGUUCUAAUCAACAAUGACGCUAAGCGGCUUGUUCAAAAGCCAACGUCGACGUAUCUUCUCGUGAGUAUUUUAGGAACUGUUGGCAUAGUCCACAUCUUCAUGCUUCUGUCGUCGGCAUUACGAAGAUUCACGACGUGGCGGAGGGGAUUGCUCGACAUGGAUGUCAAAGGGUUGGCGCCUGAUGGGUUUAGCAGCAUAGCAAUGAUGGCUGCUCUUCUGAACUCUUCGAACUUUGCGAAGCACAUUCCCGAAGGCUCUCACAAGUUAUCCAAUAAUGAGCUUUACAACCGGCUUUCAUCUGCACGUUUUCGCAUGGGUUGGUUUCAGAAAAGAUCGGAUGGAACGAAGCACUUUACUGUCGGGGUUAUGGACGACGAUGACUUCAAGUUUGUGGGUAGUAAGAAGGACGUGGAUAAUGAAAAUUUGGGUAACGAAGAUGUGAACAGGCAAGACUUGAACGGGCAAGACUUGGACAACCCAGACGUGGAGAGCCAAGGCGUGGAUAACCAAGACUUGGAGAUCCAAGCCGUGGAUGGCCAGGACAUUGACAACGAAGACGCGGAUGGCGAUGAUAUUUCGAAAGGCGAACAAGGCCCAGAGAUUGCGAGUACAGGCAGACCUACCUCCACUGACUAA